AUGAAUACAAUCAUUGAAAGUGGUCAACCAAAUAUAAUCGAUCCUAAUUAUUGGAUUAUUUUUCCUUUUGAGCCACAAUCUACUAUGAUAGUCGGAACUUCUUUCAAACGAUUUAAUCUGGAUAAUAUUCGAGAAAUUAUUUUUUCGCAUUCAAUUGUAGCAUCGAUGGAUAAGGAUUUCUGUCAAAACAUUUGCAUCCAACGUUUUUCAACAAAACCAAACGAUGAACAACUCUUUGAAGAAAUGUUUCAAAAUUCAUUAGAGGAAUAUCAGAAAGAACAUGGCGAAUAUCCUAAAAAUGUUAUUAUAUUUCAUGGAAAAAGAUAUACCGAUUUGAAACCUGCUGCUAAAUUGAUUGAUGAACGAAUAAAAGUGACAAGCUUUUCGAUCGAUAAAUCUUCACCUAUUCGUUUCAUUAAGAAUAAUGACGAAAAAGUUCCGAUCGGUACUAGUGUUGACCUUAAAUUUCAACAGCCUAUUUUAAAUCGUUCGACAAAAGAAUUUGCCAUUUGUAGUGAGAUCUGUGCUGAUGGUAAUCGAUGCAAAACAACAAAAUAUACAGUAAUCAAUGAUGAUUCGGGAAUGUCUGAUAUUCAAAUCAAACAUCUUUGUUAU